CGCCCGUUGCAGCGCGUCAGGCCUGCGCGGGCAGCUUCUUAAAGCGGCGCGGCGGCGGCGGCGGCUCCGUGCGGGCGGGACCUUGCGGGCGGGACGGCUGCUCCGCGGGGCGGCUGCGCCAUGGCUGGGCCGGUGCCUGGGCCGGUGCCGCUCCCGGCGCUGCUCCCGGCGCUGCUCCCGGCGCUGCUGCUCCUCCCGCUGCUGCUCCCGCCGCUCCCGGCGCUGCCGCCCCAGGACGCCCCCCCGCCCUCCUGCCCCCCGGGCCGGUUCCGCUGCCCGCGGGAAUGGCGCUGCUUCCCGCGGGAAUGGCGCUGCGACGGGCACGCCGACUGCGAGGACGAGGAGGACGAGCGGGGCUGCGCGACGGCGACCCCGGCAGAGCCGAGUCCCGAGGGCGCCGUGGGGAGCGGGACCGCGGGCAGCGCAGGAACUUCAGCUACUCCUGUGCCUGGGGACUCUGUGCCACCGAGGAGUCAGGGUCGCUUGUGGGUCUUGAUUGUUGCAGUGCUCCUGAGCAUCCUCGUAGCUGUGGGCUCUGUUACUGUGUGGGGCCUGUCCAAAGCAAAAACCAGAUUUGGCAUCUUCAGUCCUGACAAAGCAUCCAGGGAGCAGCUGAUGCCUGACAAGAGCCAGACAGGCUCAUUUCCCUGAAGGGGAUCUUUGCCAUGAGCUGUUAAGAUGGGAGUAGCCCAGUCUCCCUCCUGCUCACCACAGAGACUGACAGAAGUGGACAGAAGCUCCCAAGUUUGGGUUGUUAUUCUGGAAUAACAAGACCCUCAGAAAUGGUUCUUAAAUUGUGGGACUACUUUGGCUCUGGAAAUAGCACAGGAAUUUUCCCUGGUGCUGUGAAAUAGCCUCUCACAAGUGAGGUAGAAAUUUCUUCAUUGUUCUUGCCUCCAGGUAUUGUUAAGGCUGAUUUUCACCAGUGUGGGCUUGGACAGAUGUUAGCUGCAGUUAAAAUGUUUCCUUACACUUCCAGACAACAGACUUUUUUCACCUUCCUCAUUCUCCCCCCUGGAUUUUGUCAGAGAAUAGGGGCUUCCUGAUCCAUUUCGGUAGGAGCUCAUUAACUCCACACAGAUCAUAUAUAUACUCCAUGUUUUCACUAGUGUUUUCAUGUGGCUCAAACUGAUGUACAAGAGGCUUUUGUUGACAGGUCAACCACAGGUGUGAAUGUAGAAAAGCUUCCUGGCUGCCCUGGCUUUGCUGCUCUGCCACCCUGAAUCAGCCUGGAGCUUCUCAGCCCUCUCCCCUUCAGCAAAGAUCUCGGCCCUUUGCAGAACUGCCCGUUCCACCCCAGUGCUGAACUUGGGGUGUUCCUUCUCUGGCACUGUCAAUGGUGUCUUCUUAAAUGGUCAAUGCUGCCUUCUUAAAACUGUUUUGGCACAAGUGGUGUCCCUCAAGGGUCCGUGCUGGGACUGAUGCUGUUUUGUAUCCUCAGAGGUGUGUGUAGGGGCAUCGAGAGCAGCCUCAGCAAGUCUCUGGGUGACACCGAGCUGAGUGGUGCAGUUUACUCACUUUGGGGAGGGGAUGCCAUCCAGAGGGACCUUCAGGCUGGAGGAGUGGGCCCAUGAAGUGCAGUAGAGUCAAGUGCACCUUGGUCAGGGCAAUCCAGGGAGACCAUGUGGUGUAUUUUCAAUAUAUGAGAGAGGCUUUUUACCAAGGCCUGUGAUGACAAGACAAAGGGCAACAGUUAUAAACUGUCAGAGGGUAGAUUUAGAUGGGGCAUAAGGAAGAAAUGUUUUACUAUGAGGGUGGUGAGACCCUGGCCCAGGUUGCCCAGGGAAGCUGUGGCUGCCCCAUCCCUGGAUGUGUUCAAGGCCAGGUUGGAUGGGGUUUGGAGCAACCUGGUUCAGUGGAAGGUGGCCCUGCUCAUGGCAGGGAAAUGAGACUGGAUGAUCCUUAAGGUCCCAUCACACCCAAACGGUUCUGUGAGAUUUUGUUUGGCUUUUAUGAGGGGUUUUGUUUUUGUGUAUUUUUUUAUUUCAGCUUGAAAUAUCUCGUGUCUUGGAUCAAACACCAUCUGUGCAUUGUGGCACGUGUAGCUUAGUGCUGUGCACUUCUCAGAAGAACUGACAGUGGGGGCUGGAGAUUACUGACCAGUGCCUCUAGCUCAGCGUUGGCCACGUACUCCUUUAAGUGCUGAAAAGGUAGAAACCUGCUGCUGUGGCUGCUGAUCUUGGUGCCUUAACGGUGAGAACCUGGCUUGCCAAGUCAGACACUGGUCAUCAGCCUCAAAGCAGGAGUCUUCCACUCCUGUACUGUGUGAGUGUGCUGCUUUGUCCCCUGGGAGGCACUUCUGUACGUGGUAUGGAAUUCUGAGUUAUUCCAGUGUUGCUAUUUUCAGUACCAAGAGGUCAUUUGCAAGGGUGCAGACAAUCUUGCUUCUGUUUCUAUAGGGACAAGUGGAGAUGGCUGUUGGUGAAUGUCACAGGAGAAUAAAGAACUAGAAACUGAAGAGUUGUGGGUUUUUUCUUGGAUUUGUGCAUUUCCUUGAAUUCUGUAGUUGGCAGGCCAGGGGCUGCUUUGCCUUUGGAUUGUUCUGUCCUGGGAAAGAGGACUUUUGGUGGGUGGGCUGGCACAGGCAGGUAGGGAAAGCAAGUGCUGCUGUGCCCACCAGGGUCUGUGCACACAUCUGCUGUAGCAGGAAAUGUGGGUCAGUGUUGCAGAAUGGCUUGAGCAGCAGGGCCAUGGGCCCCUGCUAUCUCCUCAAGAGGCCUUGAGAGUGUAGCACAAACAGCAGCUGUACAAGCAAUCUCUUUUUUUAGCCUAACACAAGUAUAAACAAUCUCUGUUAGCUUAAACUAACUCAAGGACAAGGUAGAGAAGUAGAAUGAUAGAAAACAAGGAAGAACCCUGGAACUCAGAUGUGUGUUAUUAUCCAGUAAAAUCACUGCAAGUAGUUGCCGUCCAGUGAAAUCACUACAAGUAGUUACUAUCCAAUGAAUUCACUAUGCGUGGUUACUAUCCAAUGAAUUCACUACAUGUAGGUUUGGAAAAGGGUAUAAAAGUAACACUGUGUAUUCAAUAAAUCGGAGCUUGCUUUAUCAAUCA